AGCACUGCAGCGCUCUGCCUCCAGCUCUCGCUUGGCUCAGCUCAGCUCGGCUCGGCUCGGCUCGACCAUGCAGGCCACGCUGCUCAGCGUCCUGGGGCUGGCCCUGCUUGGGGUACUGCAUGCCCAGGACAGCAUUCCCAUCCAAGCCGACUUCCAGCAGGACAAGCUCACAGGGAGAUGGUACAGCAUCGGCCUGGCCUCCAACUCUAACUGGUUCAAGGAGAAGAGGCACCUAAUGAAGAUGUGCACCACUAUCAUCUCCACCACCGCAGAUGGAAACCUGGAAGUCACCUCCACCUACCCCAAGGGUGACCAGUGUGUGACGAGGAACAGCCUUUACACCAAGACGGAGCAGCCGGGGCGGUUCAGCUACACCAGCACCCGCUGGGGCAGCAAGCACGACAUCCGUGUGGUGGAGACCAACUAUGAGGAGUACGCCUUGGUGGCCACCCAGAUCUCCAAGAGCACCGGCCCCUCCACCAUGGUGCUGCUCUACAGCCGGACCAAGGAGCUGAGUCCUGAGCGCCUGGAGAGGUUCACCCAGUUCUCCAGGGAGCAGGGCCUGAUGGACGAUGAGAUCCUCAUCCUGCCCCAGACAGACAAAUGCAUGACAGAUGCUGCCUAGGUGAUCCCACCAGCUGCUGCCGGCCAGAGCCCUGACAGUGCCGCGAGCUGGUGACCACCCUGUCCCAUCCCAACCCCAGUGCACCCCACAGCACUGCAGCAGCCUUCGCUCCUUGGCUUCACACCCCACACCUGUACCCCCAUGCCCAUUAAAGCCCACAUAAAACCAA